AUGGGACUGCGUGCGGGCCGAGGUGAACAAACGUGCAACUUGUUCACGACACUUUGGGAACAAACGACUUGUCGAGAUUGCUCCAACCGAGGAUGCUUCUGCGUAGGAGAGAAGGGUUCAAUGGGUGCACCUGGACCGCAAGGGCCCCCUGGAGCACAAGGGAUUCGAGGUUUUCCAGGACCUGAAGGUCUAGCGGGACCUAAAGGACAAAAAGGUGCACAAGGGCCACCUGGACCAGGCGGUCCGAAAGGAGAUCGAGGACCGAUUGGUGUACCUGGAUUCCCUGGCAAUGACGGAGCCAAUGGGCGACCGGGAGAGCCAGGUCCACCUGGUGCACCCGGCUGGGAUGGAUGUAAUGGAACGGAUGGCGCCCCUGGAAUCCCUGGACGACCAGGACCACCUGGUAUGCCCGGAUUUCCUGGCCCUCCUGGAAUGGACGGUUUGAAAGGAGAACCUGCAAUCGGAUAUGACGGUGCCCCAGGAGAAAAGGGAGAUGGAGGUAUGCCUGGUAUGCCGGGAUUACCCGGACCGCCCGGCAGAGACGGUUAUCCUGGAGAGAAAGGAGAUCGAGGAGACGUUGGGCCAGUUGGACCACGUGGCCCACCUGGAGAAGCUGGAAUUCCUGGUAAUCCAGGUAUCGGCAGCAUCGGACCCAAAGGAGACCCCGGUGAUAUAGGACAUCAGGGACCGCCUGGCCCUCCAGGGCCACGCGAGUUCACGGGCAGUGGUUCGAUUGUAGGUCCACGAGGAAACGUCGGAGAGAAAGGAUUCAAGGGAGAGCCUGGUGAGGCAGGCCCUCGUGGUUAUCCCGGCAAUGCCGGUGUACCCGGUCAACCCGGAUCACCUGGAAUGAAAGGAGAGAAAGGAUUGUCUGGACCAGCCGGACCAAGGGGAAAAGAAGGACGACCAGGAAACCCGGGUCCUCCAGGUUUCAAAGGAGAUCGCGGUCUUGAUGGAGUGCCAGGAUUCCCUGGUAUGCCUGGACAGAAGGGUGAAGCUGGAUAUUCAGGAAGAGAUGGACCAAAAGGAAACACCGGACCGCCUGGUCCUCCUGGUGGAGGCUCAUUCACUGAUGGACCUCCAGGACCACCCGGUCUACCGGGUCGCCCUGGAAACCCUGGACCACCUGGUACCGACGGCUUCCCUGGUCAACCCGGACCUGCUGGGCCACCUGGACAACCUGGUGGGCCUGGAGCUCCCGGAUUACCUGGUCUUGAAGGCCUUCCUGGCCCGAAAGGAGACAAAGGAGACAGUGGUAUUCCCGGUGCGCCUGGUGUCACUGGCCCUCCGGGACAGUUCGGUCCUCCCGGGCCUAAAGGAGAGCCUGGCGCACGUGGAAUCCCUGGGCAAAGCAUUCCAGGAUUACCCGGAAAGGAUGGCCGACCAGGCAUUGAUGGAGCACCUGGUCGAAAAGGAGAACAAGGUCUUCCCGGAGUCCGAGGACCACCCGGAGAUUCGCUGCAUGGACUGCCAGGACCACCUGGCGCUCGAGGACCCGUCGGACCUAAAGGAUAUGAUGGACGCGAUGGAAUUCCUGGUCUACCUGGUGUUACUGGUCCAAAGGGAGAUCGAGGUGGCACAUGCUCCAUCUGUGCACCUGGAAUGAAAGGAGAAAAAGGAAAUUCUGGAUAUCCUGGGCAACCAGGCCCUCAAGGAGAUCGUGGACUUCCCGGUAUGCCUGGUCCAAACGGCGACCCAGGAGAUGACGGAAUACCAGGGCCACCAGGAAGGCCCGGCGCUCCUGGGCCUCCAGGACUUGACGGUCUUCCCGGACUACCUGGACAGAAGGGAGAGCCAACUCAGCUUGUUCUCAGACCUGGACCGCCUGGCUACCCUGGAAGUAAGGGAGAAUCAGGAUACCCAGGACAACCUGGACAAGAUGGAUUACCAGGAUCCCCAGGACUUGUUGGCGCUCCUGGCCAACCUGGACUUCCUGGAGAAAAGGGCGAACCAGGACUGCCUGGUACUCCUGGAAAGCCUGGAAAGGAUGGAUUACCUGGAUUGCCUGGACUCAAGGGAGAGCCUGGAUAUGGUAUGCCCGGUCAACCUGGCAUUCCUGGACAAAAAGGAGAACCUGGACCCGUCGGUGCCUCUGGUCUUCCUGGAAUUCAAGGACCACCUGGACUUUCUGCUCCUCCCUCUUUGAUAAAGGACGGUGCUCCUGGACAGCCUGGUAUGCCAGGGCUACCAGGUCUCAAAGGUGAAGCGGGAUUCCCCGGUAGACCUGGAGAUGUCGGAUCCCCUGGACUCCCAGGCGUCAACGGACGGAAAGGAGAGAGCGGACUACCUGGACCACCAGGGCAACCUGGAGUACCAGGAAUUCCCGGAGAGAAAGGCUUCGCAGGUCUUAAUGGCCUUCCUGGUGUACCCGGACCUAAAGGAGAACCAGGACAUCCUGGCUUGCCUGGAAUGCCUGGACAAAAAGGAGAACAAGGAGCAUCAGUGAGUGGUCCACCUGGACCACCAGGCUUCCCCGGACUCAAAGGAGAUGCUGGACUACCCGGAACACCAGGACUUGCUGGACUGGAUGGACAGCGAGGACUGCCUGGCGCUCCUGGACUGAAAGGAGACGCAGGAUUGAAUGGACAAGCUGGUCGACCCGGAUACCCUGGAGCAAAAGGAGAACCUGGACUUCCUGGUAUCCCAGGAAAGGAAGGUCUACCAGGAGUUCCUGGAAUGGAUGGCUUGCCUGGUGUGCCUGGCCAAAAAGGAGAAGAUGGCCUUCCUGGACUCCCUGGUGUUGAAGGACAAAAAGGAGAUGCGGGACUACCUGGAGCCCCAGGACAGCCAGGAGUAGCUGGACCACCUGGAUACCCCGGCCAAAAAGGAAUGAAUGGAAUUCCUGGAGUGCCAGGAAGCAAAGGAGACGCUGGAUUACCUGGCUUACCUGGUCAACACGGAGCAAAGGGUAACGCUGGCCUUCCCGGUGUGCCUGGAUUGCCUGGCAUGAAAGGUAACGCUGGUGUGCCAGGAGCCCCUGGCAAAGACGGAUAUCCUGGUUCGCCCGGUAUGAAGGGUGACCGUGGAUUCAAUGGUAUUCCUGGAGAAAAGGGAGAACCUGGACCUGCAGCGCGUGAUGGACCAAAAGGAGAUCAAGGACUUGCUGGACAACCAGGACUUCGUGGACCUCAAGGCCCACCAGGUCUUCCCGGCUUGCCAGGAAUGAAAGGAGAUUCGGGAUUGCCAGGAUAUGGUCAACCAGGACUCAAUGGUGAGAAAGGACUGGCAGGUGUUCCUGGAAAAAUGGGACGACCUGGAGCACCAGGACCACCAGGACAAGAUGGUUUACCAGGAUUCCCUGGUCUCAAAGGUGAACCGGGAUAUCCUGGUCUACCUGGAGCGAGUGGCAAGGACGGAUUGCCUGGUCUCCCGGGCAUCAAAGGAGAACUUGGCGCACCUGGAGCGCCCGGACAGCCAGGAUCACCGGGACAACCAGGAGCAGCUGGAGUUCCCGGAAUUCGAGGUGACAAAGGACAAGCUGGUUUGCCUGGAAUUCCAGGUGAUCGUGGACUUGACGGCCUACCUGGUCCCAAAGGAGACAGCGGAUAUCCUGGCCAACCUGGCCUUCAAGGAGCACCUGGUUUGAAGGGUAAUGCGGGCGCACCAGGUUUCCCAGGUCUCAAAGGAAACGCAGGAAGCCCUGGUCAAGAUGGACUCCCUGGCCUUCCUGGAAUGAAAGGUGAUGCUGGAUUCCCUGGACAACCAGGACGCAAUGGAGUAGACGGAAUCCCAGGAGAAAAGGGACUUGCUGGAUUACCUGGUUUACCAGGAGCGCCUGGGCAAGCAUUCGCUGGACCCCAAGGACCUCCAGGAACUCCAGGGUUCCCUGGAAAGGACGGCCUACCUGGCUUGCCUGGUCUCAAGGGCGAUUCUGGUCAACCUGGAUACCCUGGUGCACCAGGACUGAAAGGAGAAGGCGGUCUUCCAGGCUUCCCUGGUCAAAAAGGAGAGCCAGGAAAACCUGGAAUCCCAGGAAAACGUGGAGCUGAUGGUUAUCCUGGAGCGCCAGGAAAAGAUGGUCUGCCAGGUCUUCCUGGUAUCAAGGGAGAAAUGGGUGCACUCGGCCCUCAAGGACCACCCGGAAUUCCUGGAUUACCUGGCAUGAAAGGUGAUGCUGGCCUUCCUGGAUUCCCUGGUCAGAAGGGAGAAAGUGGUCUGCCUGGCCUUCCUGGCCAGCCCGGCUUGCCUGGAAUGAAAGGUGAUUCUGGCUUCCCUGGACAACCAGGUAGCGAAGGACGACCGGGUUUGGACGGACCACAAGGACCACCUGGACUACCUGGACCUAGCAGUAUCAGUGUUCCCGGACAAAAAGGAGAACCUGGGCUCCCUGGAGUGCCAGGAAUACGAGGAGAGAAAGGCCUCCCCGGUCUUGACGGGCCACCUGGAGCCGAUGGACCACCCGGAACUACUGGAGUGCGUGGAAGUGACGGCUUCCCUGGUCAGCCUGGUUUGCCAGGUGAGAAAGGUGCUGCAGGACUCCCUGGACUCCCCGGCCUCGAUGGAGCCCCUGGAGGACCAGGCGCUCCCGGAUAUCCUGGCGCACCCGGACCAGCAGGUCCUGCGUACAGAGACGGCUUCCUCCUCGUUAAGCACUCUCAGACCACGGAAAUUCCUCGCUGUCCUGAAGGCCAUACCAAAUUGUGGGACGGUUACUCGCUCUUAUACAUCGAAGGAAAUGAGAAGUCACACAACCAAGACCUUGGUCAUGCUGGUUCGUGUCUGCAACGCUUUUCUACAAUGCCUUUCUUGUUCUGCGAUUUCAACAAUGUAUGUAAUUAUGCGUCACGAAACGACAAGUCAUACUGGCUUUCAACCACCGCACCAAUUCCGAUGAUGCCCGUUAGUGAAGGAGAAAUCGAGCGUUAUAUCUCACGAUGCUCUGUCUGUGAAGCGCCUGCGAAUGUCAUUUCUGUUCAUUCUCAAACAAUCCAAAUUCCUAAUUGUCCUGCCGGCUGGAAUAGUCUAUGGAUCGGAUACUCGUUUGCAAGGCACACAGGGGCGGGAGCCGAAGGAGGAGGACAAUCACUCAGCUCUCCUGGCUCUUGUUUGGAAGAUUUCCGAGCAACACCAUUCAUUGAGUGCAAUGGUGCGCGAGGCACAUGUCAUUACUUUGCCAAUAAAUUCUCUUUCUGGCUUGCGACAAUCGAUAAUGAUCAAGAAUUCAAGAUUCCUGAGAGCCAAACGCUCAAGUCCGGAAGUUUACGCACACGUGUUUCACGGUGUCAAGUGUGCAUCAAGUCAACAGACGGUCGUACCUGA